GGGAACACUUGGUUUGAAGUUCAGACGAAGUUCCGUGAUGGGGACAUAGAUUUAGGAAGUUGUUGAGCAGUGCAGCCUUUGGGCAGGAAAGUUUGGCAGGCAUGGGCAGCUUGAGAAAUUCCCCAGUGGGUGUAUCGGGAGUCGUUUUCUACAUCAACCAGGAGAAGCACAUUUUUAACGCGUCAGAUGACUUGACGCAAAGCCUCAACGAUUACCUGCGUCGCAAGACCCGCCUCAAGGGAACGAAGUUAGCAUGUGGAGAGGGAGGAUGUGGCGCCUGCGCUGUGGAAAUCACGCAACACGACCCUUCUAUCGGCAAGGACAGGACGACCAGCAUCAACUCCUGCCUGUGCCCUGUUGGGUGCCUGGACGGCGCCAGCAUCACUACUGUUGAGGGCAUCGGCAACUCGAAGGCUGGCUUCCACAAAGUGCAAGAGGCCUAUGCAAGUCACCAUGCAUCGCAGUGCGGCUACUGCACACCGGGGUUUGUGGUUGCCACGCAUGCGGCGAUCAAGAGGUGUGUCAGCCAAGGGAAGACCCCCACCAUUGAGGCGCUGCAGCAAGGCCUUGACGGCAACCUCUGCCGCUGCACCGGCUACCGGCCAAAUCUGGAUGCAUGCCGGAGUCUUGCGGACGGACAUGACUUGGAGGACCUGUGCAGCAUAGCCUGUGCUGGCAAGGACUGCUCUGGCGGGACCAAUUGCGGCGGCUGCAUCCAAGACAAGCUCAAGCUCUUGUCCAAGGGUCGCGAACCUGCGAGAGGUGGCAAGUGCUUUGAGGCAGAGGGAACGCCCUACAAGUACUGGGCAUCCCCUGCCACCCUGGACGACCUGCUCAAAGACAUGGCCGCCCACCAGGAUGGGUCGAUCCGGCUGGUGGCGGGCAACACAGGGCCGGGCAUCUACAAGGACUGGCCGUCAGAGGACGCCCUCCUAGACGUGCGCCAUGUCAAGGAGCUGAUCACCAUCACACAGGACAAGGAGGGCCUGAAGCUUGGGGCGUCCACCUCCAUAGAGCAGCUCAUCUGGGCUCUGCAGGGCAGCCACGGCCGUUUUCACGAUGCCUGGCGCGCCGCCGCCGAUCACCUGCUUCGCAUUGCAGGAUCCCAUGUGCGCGCUGCUGCCACUCUGGGAGGACACCUGGCGUUGAUGAAGGAGCGCGCCCUGCAAAGCAAUCUGGUCCCGGCCCUGGUUGCGCUGGACGCCAAAGUUGGCAUCACCACUCUGGACGGCACCAAGUGGCUGCCCCCUCUGGAGGUGCUGUAUGGCGAAGCAGAUCUGGGCCUCGGCCGGACCGCUGUGGUUUCAGCAAUCCACAUCCCUCCACCUUCUCCGGGCCUCUGGCUGAAGGGCCACAAGGUGUCCAAGCGCUACUACAACGCGCAUGCGCUGGUGGACGUGACCCUGUCGGUGGUGUUUGAGCCGCCGCUGAUGGAGGGCAAAUUCCCCGACGGCGUUCACCCGCUAGUGAAACACCCCAAGAUCAUCGUCAGUGUGCCCACCGUCAUCCACAAGGGGGCUGGGGGCAACUGCGGUCCAGACAAGGUGGAGUGGCGAGCAAGGCGCGCCGAGUGCGCAGAGGCGGCCCUGGCCGAUCGGCCGCUCGAUGUUGAUUCCCUGGUAGCUGCUCUCGAGCAGCUGCCGCAUGACAUCGAGCCCGGGGACACCCCAGAUGGCGGGACUGCGCCGUACUAUCAGAACACGGCAGAGGGGCUGAUCUUGCAGGCAUUUGGGCCGCUGCUGGCCACCGCCAAUGACUGCAGUCCGCAGCUGCAGCGCCUGCUGGAGACUGCUAGCAACCUCGGACCGCCAGGCGUAGCAGAGGGGAAGCAAACGUACCCGGACUACUCCGAUCUGGCGCCGCCUCUGCACGCCCCCAUCGAGAAGGACCGUGUCCGCCUGCAGGCGAGUGGGGAGGCGGUGUACACGAGCGAUCAUGCAUUGGGCGGAGACGAGCUCUACUCCUACCCGGUGGAGUCCUCUCAGGCGCUGGCCAUCCUGGAGAGCGUGGACGCUUCUGAAGCCCUCAAGGCGCCUGGAGUGGUGGCAUUCAUAAGCGCAAAGGACGUCCCAGGAGAAAACCGGGUCAAGGGCGGCGCAAGCGACGCGCCGCUCUUUGCAGAAGACCGCGUGGAGUAUGUGGGUCAGCACAUCGGCAUCAUCGUGGCAGAGACCCCUAAGCAGGCGCAGAGCGCUGCUGCCCUCGUCUCUGUUCGCUAUGGCCACCCCAAGGAACUGGGAGAUCCCAUUCUGAGUAUUCCGGAUGCAAUCAAGGCGGACUCCUACUACGAUCCCCCCGGCAGCGGAAGCUUCACGUCCGGCCGCGUCUGCAUAGGGGACCCUGACAAAGCCCUGAGCACCGCUCCCCACACCAUCAAGGGCGGCAGGUAUUCCCUGCCGAGCCAGCAGCACUUCUACAUGGAGACGCAGAACGCCCUGGCAGAAGUGGGAGAGGGGGGGACUGUGACUGUGCAUUCUUCCACUCAGACACUCGACGGAGUCCAGCAGGCAGUUGCCCGCGCUCUGGGCAUCAAGGCACACGCUGUCACUGUCGUGUGCCGGCGCAUCGGAGGCGCAUUUGGCGGCAAGGUUUCCCGCUCGAUGCCGGUGGCGGCUGCGGCCGCGGUGGCCGCGCAUGUGACCGGCCGCUGCGUGCGCUACCAGCUGGACCGCAACGCCGACAUGCGCACCAAUGGAGGCCGCAGUGAGACGAUGAUCGAGUACGACAUCGGCUUUGACGGGGAUGGGAAGGUGCAUGCGUUGAAGGCGUACGCGUUUGAGAACCUGUCUCUGGACCUGAAGCUGGUGCGCACCAAUUUCCCUCCCCGCACAAUCGUUCGCGGCCCCGGCUUCAUCAACUCCGUCAUGAUCAUCGAGCAGCUGAUGGAGCACAUUGCCAGCCACCUGGGAGCAGACCCGGUGAAAGUGCGCGAGGUCAAUUUCCUGAAGGCCUACCCCUUCGAUGCGCCCACCCCUCUGCCCAACGGCGCGCGACCAUCGGCAGCCAUUGCGCCUCCAGUAGCCUCAUCAGGAAGCACAGAAUCGGGCCUCGCCUCAAGCAACGGAGCCAAGCAUGACACAGGUACCAAGCAAAACGGGCACGUGCCGGGCGGCUGCGGCCGGAUCAACGGCUGGGCAUCAAAGCAGCAGAAGCGCCUUAUGCGCACAUCCCUCGGCAGGGUGUUUGAGGCAGAUCUGUUCACGCUGCCGCGCAUUUGGAAGGAGAUCCAGGAGAGCACCGACUACCGCGCGCGCCAGAAAGACAUCGCAGAGUUCAACAAGGCCUCCGCCUGGCGCAAGCGCGGAAUGACCAUCACCCCUUGCCGGUUCGACUGCGCGCCUCCACCCAUAACGGCGGCGGUGUCGAUAUUCUUUGACGGCAGCGUGGUGCUCAUCCCCGGCGGCCUGGAGAUGGGCCAGGGGCUGCACACCAAGGUCAAGCAGAUUGCGUCGUACGAACUGGGCAAGCUUCUGCCGAAAGACCAGCGGCCGCUGCCAAUGGAGCUUCUGCGCAUCGGAGACAGCCGCUCAGACAUCGUGCCGAACGGCGGCCCCAGCUGGUCAAGCACGACAUCGGAGUCCACGGUGGCGGCGGUCACCGAGGCAUGCAGGCAGCUCGUUGCCAACCUGGAGCCCUGGCGCCAGGAGGGCGAGACGGCUGAGGAGACCUGGUGCAACACGGUGGGAUCGGUACACACGGAUGUCGGCUAUGCACCCGCGUCUGCCAUGCUGUCUGCCUACGGAUUCUAUGAUGGCAAGACCCGCGGCGAGGGCGACAGCAACAAGGGCAGCGUAGGCCCGGCGCGCGCGAGCGUGGUCGCUGGCUCAGAGCCGCUGGCGUACUGCACGUUUGGGGCGGCAUGUAGCGAGGUGGAGGUCGAUGCUCUGACCGGCGAGUCGCGCGUUCUGCGCUGCGACAUCCUCUUCGACUGCGGCCGCUCCCUCAACCCGGCAGCCGACAUGGGCCAGGUGGAGGGUGCGUUCAUAAUGGGCUUGGGAUUCUUCACGAGCGAGGAAGUGAUGGCUGACUCAUCUACCGGCAAGCUGCUGAGCGACGGGACGUGGGAGUACAAGAUCCCAGCCGCCACCUGCAUCCCCCGCCAGUUCAACGCCACCUUCAUCAAGGACUCGCCGAAUGAGCGCGGCAUAAUGGGCAGCAAGGCAAGCGGCGAGCCGGCUCUGCUGCUGUCCGUCUCCAUCCUCCACGCAAUGCGAAUGGCCGUCGGAGCCGCGCGCGCUGAGCUGGCGGCCAAGCAAGCAAACACCCUUCCGCGCGUCAUCACCCCUGCAGCCUGCACACCUGGAGAGGAAGACCAGCCACAACUGGCCGCUCACACAAGCUUCUCAGUCAAGCUGAAGCGCGAAGACAACGGCCAGGAGAUCAUGAUACCCAAGGCAAUCACCGGCGAGUGGACCGACCAACUGACGCUGGCAGCGCUCAACGUGGGCAGGAACAACUUUGUGAUGCUGCCGGGGCCGGCGACCGUCGUGAAGCUGAAGGAAGCCUGCGGAAGCUUCAGCGCAGCUGCUGUGCUCAAGGAGGCCUUGCAGGCGGAGAGAGGUUCUGAGGCAUCUAGCCCGGAGGGAUGGGUGCUCCUGGAGCAGGACUGAGCGCUCACGCAUGUGUUCUGAAGCCAUCUGCAUCCCUGCAGUCCUUCCAGCAUCUGCUGUCGUGUCUCGAGGAUAUGGGCCGCCAACAGACGCUGCCGCAAUAGGGC